GAAUGUUGCCGCCACCAAGGUGCACCCCCUACCCCAGGAGCCUGAUGGCCAAACGAAGUCUGGGAAGCCGCAUAAGAAGUGGAACAUGUGGUCCAUCAUAGCUCACAAGCAGGGCGUGCAGGCGACCAAGGAGCGGUUAAAAUCCUACUGGACCACAUUAGGCGUGACCUCGGCUCUGAUGUCCGCCCUGACAUACCCAGCCGUUACCUCACCACCCAUCACCAAGCAAACCAGCGGCUCAGAUGUCGACGACCCUCUAUUCGUUGCGUACGUGCUGCUGAACACCACCAGCCUGAUCAUGAGCCUGGUGGUGGUGAUCAUGUCAGUGGUCAUGCUGGCGGAGGUGGACCUGGUGGUCACGGACGAGGACCUGGAGGUAUUCAUCGAGCGCUACCAGUUCCUGUUCAUCGGCCUGACUGCUGUCUUCGGAUGUUCAAUUUUGACUAUCAUCACAAGCAUUGUUGUCCUCGCCUUUUACAACUUCAACAAGGGAACCGCCAUCGCUUCAGCAGGGAUAGUCAUGACCGGCACUUUUGCUGUUGCAGCCGGGGCGGCAUGGCUCGCGUUGUGGACGCGUGCGCGCCUCAAGUUCCACAUCGACAAUGCGAACGCGCUCCUCAAGAAUGUGGUGGCUAAGCUGCUUGUUAAGUCGGUCGCGCCCUCAACUGGAUCCAGCGGGAGCCUCGACGCGGCGGUGGCCACUGCUGUGGAGGCGUCAGGUGACAGCGGCGGACCAGGCGGGGCAGGCAGCUCGGGUCGGAAUCCACGUAUGCAGUCGUCACUUUGAGGGGAUGGCCAGUUACGGUGGGGGGCUUGCGGUUGUCAGGAUGGAUGGUGGGUAUGUUGUCAGCUGACAUUUCCACGACUUGCACAAGCCUGCAUUGCCAUUUGUUAAUUGUGGAGGCGGCCUCAUGGCUGCGGUACAUGUCAGCGUAAUUGCAGCAAUGACGAAGAAUUGAAUAAGCCCAUGGGCCAUGGAGCCUUACGGGAUGGAGCCAAGUAGGUACUGUCUGCACUUGGAAUUGAGUGGUUGGGCACCUCGCGACGGCCGCAUGCACUUGAUUCGAGAACUUGUCAGUGUUGACGAUCGUAUAAUGGCCGCCUCACUGGGGGCAAGCCUAUGGGUGCGAUUGCGGGCACCAGUGAGCAGAAGGAGAACACAGAGGAGCCUUUGCAUGUGCGGCAUGUGUGUGGUUUGUCUGGCGGACAAGCACGGCGGACAGGUCAGGGCGCGGAAAUGCAUGUGGUUACUGAGGCUGCGUUGCAUGUUUGGUCGAGCGCUGAUAUUGGGGGCACAGUUACGUCGAGCGGUGGAGUUGAAGGCAGCUUCAGGGCACGGAGGCGUCGCGACACGCUGAGAUGAUCGUGCCGCUAACACUGUGACACGCAUACUGUAUAAAUUGGGCCCACACGUCACGUAUACCGUGUAAAAGUAAAAGUAC